AUGGCCGCCUCGGACAUGUGCCCCACGAAGCCAGAGCCAACCCUGUCCUUUACGCAGGGCCUCAUAGUCGGCCAGAUCUCCGUCGUGCUUCUCAUAGCAGCCUUCAUCAAGUUCUUCAUAUUCGGCGACCCGCCAUCCCCCGAAGUCACCGCCUCGAUACGAGCGACAGAGCGUCGGUCCCGGACCUUGGCCCACAAACACUCCCUCCUCACCCUCCGAACCGACAACCCCCGGCAGACCCAACCGACCCUCAACAAGAAGAAGUCGAGCAUCCUACGGAAUCCCCCCAGCCUCACGAUCGGCUCGCUUCUGAACAAGACAUACUACAAUGUCGACAGCCACCAGCCCGAGUCUUUGGACUGGUUCAAUGUCCUGAUUGCCCAGGCGGUCGCGCAGUUCCGCAGCGAUGCGCAGCAUGACGAUGCCAUCCUGACGUCGCUGACGAAAGCCCUGAAUGGCACGAGCCGCCCGGAGUUUCUGGAUGAGAUCAAGGUCACGGAGCUGACCCUGGGCGAGGACUUCCCCAUCCUCAGCAACUGUCGGAUCAUCCCGGUGGACGAGGAUGGGCUGAGCAUGGAGGCAGGCCCUGGCGCGGGACAGCGUUUCAACCCCAACAGCUCAAGGGCUACAAGAGAAGGCGCGCGGCUACAGGCGCGUAUGGACGUCGAUCUGAGCGACAUGAUCACGCUCGCCCUGGAGACGAAGCUCUUGCUCAAUUAUCCCAAGCGGCUCACGGCCGUCCUGCCAGUCGCACUGGCUGUUAGUGUCGUCCGGUUCAGUGGGACACUGUGCAUAUCAUUCAUCCCCAGUAACCCGUCGCAAUCUACUCCUACCAUGAUGGCCUUCAACUUCCUGGACGACUACCGGCUGGACCUGUCGAUCCGCAGUCUGGUCGGCAGCCGCUCCCGGCUCCAAGAUGUGCCCAAAAUCGCACAGCUCAUCGAGGCCAGGCUACACAAGUGGUUUGAUGACAGAUGCGUUGAGCCCAGGUUUCAGGAGAUAGCACUGCCCAGCAUGUGGCCACGCAAGAAGAACACGCGCGGUGGCGAUGAUGGUCUAGAUAGUAACAUGGCCAGCAUAAGCAAGGGCAAAGGCCGCGAAGUAGCUCGAGACCUGCGGGAGGAGGCCAGAAAGGAGGUCCAGUCUGAGACCAUCGGCAUCAGAACAGAACGGAGCCCCGAGCCGGGGAGUCUGAGGUACAGGCGGAGAAGCAGGCUCAACAGCGCUGGCCAGAUGAGCAUGCCAGGCGGGUUGCCCGGCAUGACCAUGGAUAUGCCACAUUAG